AUGACCGUGGCUAAUGGUGUUCCUUUCAAGUAUCAAGUUGAAGGUGCUACUGAUGCACAACAUGAGGCACUCAACACUUUGGCUCAAGAGCUGGAGGUGACUACCGGUCAGCUGCAACUGAUUGUCAAGCAGUUUAUGGAAGAGAUGCGUAAAGGUCUUGAUCAUUAUGGUGCUACUGUGGCUAUGAUUCCAAGCUAUGUCAGUGGACGGCCUACUGGUAACGAGACGGGUCAAUAUCUCGCUCUUGAUUUGGGCGGUACCAAUCUACGCGUGUGUCUUGUCGAGCUGCUUGGCCAAGGAGGACAACAUAGGAUUGAACAAGAAAAGUUUCGAAUCAGCGAUGAACUCAAAACAGGAGAAAUGACGGAUCUUUGCGACUUUAUGGCUGAAUCCAUCGAGACCUUUAUUCAACAACGUGAAUCACUCAAGGAUAAGCGUCUUGAACUUGGAUACACUUUUUCAUUCCCGGUGCUACAAACCGCCAUCAAUCGAGGUGUCCUCAAGCAGUGGACCAAGGGAUUUUCUUGCAAGAAUGCUGUGGAUCGUGAUGCUGCUCUCAUGUUACAAGAAGCUUUAGAUCGUCGUGGUGUGUCGGUUCACAUUGCUGCUAUUGUGAAUGAUACCGUUGGUACGUUGUUGGCACACGCAUAUCGUUAUCCCGAGACUGCAAUGGGUGUUAUCAUGGGAACUGGAUCCAAUGCCUGUUAUUAUGAAAAAAUUGACAAGAUCAAGAAAUGGGAUGAGACAUGCAAGGACACUGAAAUGGUGGUCAAUAUGGAAUGGGGAGCAUUUGAUUGUGAACGCCGUGUAUUGCCAAUGACUCCUUAUGACAACAAGAUCAAUCGUGAAUCUCGCAACGUCAACCAGCAAUUCUUUGAAAAGAUGGUAGCCGGCAUGUACCUUGGAGAGAUUAGUCGCAACGCCAUGCUCAUGUUGGUGGAUCGCCUUUUACUCUUUAAUGGUGAAUCGUCACCCAUCUUCAACACUCAAUGGGCUUUUGAUACCGCCUAUGUAUCCAUGAUUGAGGAAGAUGACACUGAGGAUCUGGUUCGUACCAAAGAUAUCCUGGAAUCAACCAUGAAAAUCCCAUCCACCACCUUGACGGAUCGAAAGAUGGUAAAAUUGAUUUGUGAUUGGGUCGGCACACGAGCAGCACGGUUGGCAGCAUGUGGUCUUAGUGGUGUUCUUUCACACAUUGGCCGUAUUGGACAAGACGUGGUCGUGGCUAUUGAUGGAUCCUUGUUUGAGAAGUAUCCCAACUAUGAAACCAACAUUCGGCAGGCGAUGCAGGAAUUAUUUGGUCAAGAGGCGGUCAACAAGAUUCGAUUUGAUUUGGCAAAGGAUGGGUCUGGACUUGGUGCUGCCAUCAUUGCCAUGGUGGCUGCCAACAAUCAAAAUGUAUAG